AUGGACUUUGCCGAAAAGGAGGGCUUGCUCGCAGUCCAUUUAGAGAUUGAAACCUUUCUCAAAUUUUUCUCUGUAUCUGAUGCACUAGAUGAAGUGGAGCUGUCAGUAAUUUCCGAAGAACAAGUGGUAACAGUGCCUACAGUGCCUGCCGCAGUUGCGAGGGGGCUAUCACCAGAACUUGACAUCAAUGCUUACGUAGAUAAGGAUCAGGUCGAGGGGAAAAUUCCUGCUGGUUUUGACCCAGAGGACGAGCAUGAGAAUAUUGAUGCUUCUACUCAACGAUCCCAACGUGAAAAGAUAGAGAAGAAUUUGGAUGAUAUUCUGCGUAAGGGUGAUUUCCAUGCGAUUGAUCAAAGAGUGACUCCAAAAACCCUGAAAUGGUGUAAAACUAACACCUUAAUCAAAUCUUUCCAGGUCAACAAAACACUGCGAGAUUUAGCGGAUGGUGCAAAUCCGGAGAAGUACGAUAUAAAAAAGCUUGAAAAAUCUAUUGACGAGUUCACAUCAGCCUUGAUAGAUCCCCUUAAAGCCGACGCCGAUACCAGAAAUACAUUUCAAAGUUGUUUUGAUGAUCUGAUGGACAAGGCAAUUGACACGAAUCGAAGCAGAAGAAGGUACUACACGAGUGAUAAAAAGUUCAUCUCUCACCCAGUGGUGUAUAACUUGCUCAACUCCAGAUGGUACCAAUCCUUUUUUCACGUAAGAAAAGAAUCAUGGCGGACACCUCAACGCUGGGGAUACUUUUUUCUCAACCUCUGGACAGUGUUUGACAUCGUCUUUUUUCCCUUUCUCUUUGCCAUUUUCUUCGUCGUGCAUUUGAUAAAACAGGCCUUGAGGAGGAAAAGAGAAACUGAAAUAUGUUUUGUUUUGUCGCUGGGCAAAGAUACCUCAGAAUUUAAUCUAAUUAAAAGGACGAUAAAGUACAUUGUUGGUGAAUAUGGCUGCCACUCUGCCAAAUACUGUGUUGUUUUACGUGGAGACCAUAAAAUUAUCAAUAUAGAGGGGUGGUCUACUGAGGCUGCACUUCGAACAUGGAUUGACGAGUUACAGCGGCCAAACUCUACCAGUUCACUCGAUAAAGAUCUUAAAGCCACCCAAAGUGCAUUCACAAACCAAACACAUAGGAAAGAAGCCAAAAAGGUGGUCGUGCUCUUUCUUAAUGACUCGAUACGCAAGGUUGAGGCUAACACCGAGACACUACCGCCCUUACUAAAGGAGAUAAAGGAGAUGAAAGUUAACAUCGUUCCCGUCGGUAUCGGGGCGUGCGCAAAAUUAUCAGAAUUAAAUGAGAUGGCAACUAAAGAUGGCACAGCACGUCACUUUGGAGAAUACGAGUCACACGAGACGUUGGGGACAGCUGUCUUACAAGGUAUCGAAGGAAAGAACAUCUAUGAGAAAUACAAGGAUUACUUUACGACUCCUUAUUUCAUCUUUUUCCGCGACACGCUGAGUUAUCUCAUCCUCCUCGUUCUUCACUUCGCCAUUUGCCUUUCCCCUUCAACUGUUGCCUUCAGUCGACUAGAAUGGGUCAUUUUAGGUUUCUUCCUGGGACGUGUUUUGGUGGAGGUGGAUCAGUUUAUUGGUGCCAAGCUGUGGAGGAGGAGUAGAGAUGGCUCCAGUUACCAAGUAGGUUCACAUGAGGGUCAACAAGAGACAAAUGAGGCAGAAGAAGACAAUAUAUUGCGGAAGAAGCUUAGUAAUUAUUUCAGUGACCGUUGGAAUGUGCUUGACUUCAUCAUUCUUGUUUUCUACCUGAUUACCUUCAUACUACGCAUAAUUACAUGGAGGAACUCCACGGACGUGUCAGACAACAGACUCUUGGCUGUGUCAGAGUGUUUCUAUGGAUUUAUCGCCAUGUUUCUCACACUGAGAACCUCUGGUCAAGUCAUAGAGGGCGUGCAGGGAAUGGGAGAAAUACAAAUCGCUUUGUUCUCUGUUAUCUGGAAUGUAAUGGCGAUAUUUUGGCAGUUUUUGGCCAUGAUUCUAGCAUUUUCUCUGGCUAUGACCAAGAUAUAUGUUGCUGAGAAGGCUUAUACCUUAGGAAAAUAUUCCGUGGAGGAUUUGACAUGCAGUGAUUCCGGGCUAAUUUGUUGGUGGAACAUGGCGACACACCUUGGUUGGUCUUUACUGGGUUUAGCUGACCUGGAUAGGUUGAACUCCGUCGACAAUCCAUCCGUUUAUCUUAUUCAUGUGCUGUACAGCUUCUUUUUAAUCAUGGCAGUCAUUCUUCUCGUAAACAUGAUGAUUGCGUUACUCUCCAACACCUAUCAGCAGGUUCAGGAUAAUUCGAUGCAGGAGUGGUCUUUCAAGAGAGCCAUUACUAUUAGGACUUACAGUACCUAUCAUCCGAUACCAGUGCCCUUCAACCUUUUGUCCGUCCCCCUGAUAGUACUCUGGAACCUCCGUCGGAAGUGUUCAUGUAAAACAUGGUGCGACACUCCUGCUUCGCCCGAGAGACGGAGAGCGGCUCUGGAUGAAGUGGUGAAGGAACUAGAAAAUAUGUACUUCGAGAAAUACGGUUAUGAAUUUCCCCUCACAGAGGGGAAAAAGAUGGAUCACUUGGUGCAUGAAAAUGAGGGAGGUCGAAAAUUGGCCAAUCAGAUAGUUCGGCAAGUAUUCCGACUGCGUGGAAACAAGGAGGAGAAACUUGCGUUUGGCCAAAGAGCGUGGUAUGAUUCGCCGGGAAUUGCUAUCGAUGGCUGUCUCCUAACUUACAUGGGACCUGAUUUCUGCGACACAUGCAAUAGAGGAAAGGCUAAGAAAAUUCACAGUGCCAAAUUCAAGUCUCCCUUCACACAAGAGACACCACGAUUUGAGGUACUUAUUCAGGAGACUGGAGAGAGGCGUAUUGUGGCUCUGGGUGCUGUGCCUCAGUCGUACGACUGUCACAGAAUGCCUGGCUGGGAUAGAGGAGCAGUCGGUUACCACAUAGACGAUGGUAAAAUAUUUGAAACUGGCUGCCACAAGCUGGGAAGAGAAGUCGAAGGAUCCAUGGCUUACCGCGGCGAUCUCAUCGCUUGUGAAGUUGAUUUUAGUGGAAACCUCGAGGGCAAAGUCUCUGUGUUAUUCUCCUUGAACGGUAGAGAAGUAGCGCGUUCUUCAUUGGAGUAUACAGAGGGAAAUGAACUAUUUCCCUUCGUUUCAUUGGGAUCUGAAGGCAUUACAGUGCUCACCAAGAUGUGCCAUCCCGACAGAGACCAUUUUAGUAGAAUAACAAAUGAAGACCUUCAGAAGGAAAUUGGAGAUCUGCGACGUGAUUUUCAGGAUCAACUUGACAAGCAAGGGAGGAUGUUAAAGUUAGCACUGCGUUUGAAGGAAGUAAAGGACAGAGGAAAACAAAGAAGAUUUUCAUCUCCUCAGUAG